GGCAAAAAGGAAAAAAAAACAGAGUGGUCUGGUCUGAUUCGUAAAGAACGAUGCCACUGUCCGCAUCAAUAUCAUCGCCGUCUUCUCUCGUUCUUCUCUCAACCCGAUCACGAUCGCCUCUCUCCUUCUUCAUCUCCACUCCCGGAACCCUAAUCAUCUCCAGAACCCCUGAUCCUCCUCCUUCUACUUCUCUUUUUGCUUCCCGGCGACCCCGCGACUUCAUCAACGGGAGGAGGGAUGGUUUCGUAGACGGUGAUCGGAGCUGGAACCGGAAGAUCAGACCGGAGUAUGGGAUCGAUGAGGAAUAUGGAGAGGACGAAGACGAGCAGGAGGAGGAGGAAGAGGAAGAAGACAGAAGCUUGGAUCUUUUGCUUAGGUUCGUCGAGAAUGUCUUCAGAAAAGUCUCCAAGAGAGCUAGGAAAGCCGUCCGAUCUGUUUUGCCUGUUUCCAUCUCCACCAAGCUGGUGGGAUUCUCAGUGAACGGUGUACUUAUACUUGCAUUUCUGUGGAUCUUGAAGGCCUUUCUCGAGGUAGCUUGUACGCUUGGGACUAUUGUAUUUACGAGCAUUCUACUUAUACGAGGACUUUGGGCUGGUGUAGCAUACGUACAAGAAAGUCGCAACAACCGGAUCAAUGAACUUGCUGACGACCCACGUGCAUGGAACGGGGUGCAACCAGCGUCAUGAUUAAUUCGCUUUGUGCUUCAAAAAAACAAGUUUCUGACUUCUGAAAGCCAAAAUUGAUUUAGGUUCUUGGAAGACAAUAAAACCACAGAUGAUUAUAGGAGUGAGUUACACUGGAUAUGAUGUGCAUUGGCAUUGUCUGAUGAUUUAGUAAGUAAAAGAAUGUAAUGUUUGUAGCAUUCCAAUUAAAUGGGAUUCGGUGACACUGUAUCUUAGUUUUCCAAAUAAAUACAAAACCAUAUUACAGAA